CCCAUCUCCAUCAACAAAAUGACGCACCACCUCCCCCUCCAAGACUCCGAUAUCCCAACCGUUGCGCGCUUUAUCCAUCUAUCCAGCCUCCAGCAGGCGACAAAUAGAUUCGUGUUCAAAGACUGGCCUGCCGAGAAGACUCAAAUUGCCUUUUUCGAGAGGAAUCUGAGGAAGGCAGGGGUGCGGGGGUGGAAAGCGGUUAGUGGUGAGGGGGAAGUUGUUGGGGCUGUCAUGUUUUCUAGAGAGGAAGUCAAGGGAGCGGGGAUGGAAAACCGAGAUGAACAGGUUGCUGGGAAAGGGAGGGUGGUGGAAGGGAGAGAAGGUUUGAAUUUGGAGUUUUUAUCUGUGUUUAGGGGGGCGUUGAUGGGAGCUCAGAGAGGCUUGGAAGGGGUUGAUCAUCUUGUCUUGGACUUCAUUUUUGUCUCUCCAUCGCUACGAAACAAAGGACUUGGAACGCAGUUAGUGGAUCUUUGUUUGGAGAAAGCGAAGGAAGAGAAGUUGCCGCUGAAAGUUUGUUCUGUGCCGUCCGCGGUGGGAUUCUAUAGGAGACUAGGAUUUAGGGAGAUAGGUUUUGCUGAUCUUGAUUUGGCGGUGUGGGGGCCGGAGAAGGGAGGAUUUGGCGUUUAUAGAUUUUGGGGGUUGGUUUACGGAGAGUAUGAGAGCGAAGGAGUAUGAGUGAGUGAUAACAUCAAUUAAUGAUUACUCCUUCAUAUCUAAAUAAAGCUUUGG